ACCACCCAACCACCCCUCAGGCUAUUACCUGCCCGCAGCAUCUUCGGCAGCUGUUCGUGCAUAGCGUGUGCACGGUAUAGCGCUCGUUCCCGCCCUGCAGCAGUAAGCAGCGACAGCGGCGGCAGCAGCAGCAGCAGGAACAUCAACAUCAUCAUCAUCAACAUCAUCAUCAGCAACAGCAGCUCCCCGCGGCCGCGUGUGCUGGCCGGCUGGUUGGAAUCAGAGAGGCGGGCAGGCAUGUCACUGCUGCACAGCAAGGCGGAGUGGCAGGAGCGCUCAGAAGGGGUCGGUGGCCAUGGAGGUCCGCGACUCACGCAGCUGGGACAGGGCAGCCCGUACUCCAACGCGCCGCCGCUGACGCACGCCACGAGCGGCGGCGCCGACUUCCAACCCCCCUACUUCCCUCCGCCGUACCAGCCGCUGGCCUACCAGCCGCAGGACCCCUACGCGCACGACCCGUUCGGCCUUAACCAGCUGCACCACGCCGCGCAGUACCACCAUCACCACCACCACCAUGCCCAGUCGCAGCAGUGGCCCGCAAGCCAGCGGCAGUCCGUUGGGCCCGGUGGCGGCGGCGGGGGCGGAGGAGGAGGCGGCGGUCCCACGUCCGAUGGGGUCCUCUUGUCCCAGGCGUCGAUGGCGCAACAGCAGCGGGGGUUGGCGGCACAGCUGUCGGGCCGCGACUACUCGGCCGCGGCUGCUGCGGCUGCGGCGGCUGCUGCCAGACGGCCCGACAUCCUGUUGCACGGAGGACCCGGCUCGCUGGACCACCCGGGCCUGGCCGAGCAGGGCUUGAGUCUGCAUCAUCAGAUGGGUCAUCACGGAUUGGAUGAACAGCAGAUGGAGGAGGCCCUCAAUUUAAAUCUGAUGGACCACUCCGACUCGGUGAUUAAGAAAGUCGUCAUCGGCUCGUCCAAGUCGGGCAUGCACGGGGGUGGAGCGGGCGAGAUGAUGGGCAAGGGGAGCCUGGUGGGCAGCGUGGGCAACCCGGGAGAAGUCUUCUGCUCCGUGCCGGGGAGAUUAUCUCUGCUGAGCUCCACGUCAAAGUACAAGGUGACCGUGGGCGAGGUGCAGAGGCGCCUCUCUCCGCCCGAGUGCCUCAAUGCGUCUCUGCUGGGCGGCGUUCUGCGCCGAGCGAAAUCAAAAAACGGAGGCCGCUCAUUGAGGGAGAAACUGGACAAGAUCGGGCUCAACCUCCCGGCGGGCAGACGCAAGACUGCCAACGUGACCCUGCUCACCUCACUAGUGGAAGGCGAGGCCAUCCACCUGGCGCGCGACUUUGGCUACGUGAGCGAGACGGAGUUUCCCUGCAAGGCGGUGGCCGACUACCUGACGCGCCAGCACGCCGACCCCUCCGACAUGCACACGCGCAAGAACAUGCUGCUGGCCACCAAACAAGUCUGCAAGGAGUUCGCCGAUCUGCUGACCCAGGACCGCUCCCCGCUGGGCAACGCGAGACCGCCCGCCGUGCUGGAACCCGGCAUCCAGGCGGCCCUGACGCAUUUCAGCCUCCUCACUCACGGCUUCGGCAGCCCGGCCAUCCUGGCAGCGCUCACCUCCUUCCAGAACUACCUCACGGAGGCGCUCAAAGCCACGGACAAACUCUACCUGAGCGGCUCCCAGCAGCAGCAGCAAGGCUCAGGGACAGACUCGUCCAGAUCGAGCGUGGGUGGGAAGAUGUCCGAUAAAGAAGAUAAACAUCACCGGGGAAAGUGAUCUCCUCCUUCUCCUACUCCUCCUCGCCAUUGCGGCGACGAACUUCGGGUUCAUUGUAAUGAUAAUUCUAUCAGCAGUAGCAGCAGCUGCAGCAGUAGUAGCCAGCUGUGGCAGUGGCGUAGGUAUUGAGUGUGCAGGCGGUGCAACUGCACAGGGACCCACGACUGCUGGGCUAUGAAGAGGGGGGAGGACGGGAGAGGGGAGGGGGGGGGGAGGUUGGGGGAGAAUUGAUUUGGACAGAGGGCUUCAUUUGCAUGCGCCCGCACCUCCGAUUAACACGGUUGGUCAUGUACGGUGCGAAAGAAGUUCAACAAACAUACAUACCAGGGCCCAUGCCAAGACACGUGGCCGCGUCACUGAGCAACGCAAGGGAUCGAUUUGGUAAUGACCACGGGUCGAGAGUUUACGCCGUGAGUGCAGACAGAUUAAAAACAAAACAAAGCGUGGGUGACCAAGAAUUAAUCUGGACUUUUUUUUUUGGCGCUUAAAACAAGAAAAGCAACUGGAAUUGUUUUAAAGUUAUUUUUUACUGACGCUCAUUACGGUGGCGCUAAACGACUCGUGCUUGAUGCUGUUGUUGAUGUUGACGUAACACGGCGCAUUUGUAAAUGGUGACUUGCGAGAAGGAAAUUUUGAAAUCUUCGCGUGCGCGCGUGCGUGCGUGCGUACACUGGACAUUGUAAUCACAUUGCGACUUGCUUCGAAAUCCACAAUCGCUCGACGUGCCAGCGGAAGACAAAAGGCGGACGGCGGAUCUUGCGGCCCUUUGGAUGAUGAAGAAGACGACAAGGGACGAGUUUCAAGAAACGAUUACGACGACAACGACGACAACGUCGUCAUCAUCAAAGACUGGGACGUCGUUGAGAACAGAAGGACAAUCUCACGAGGAAGAAAACGCUUGCGUCUUGUCGAUGGAGAGAGAGAGAGAGGAGACACUCGGAUAGAGAGUGGCCGAUUAAGAAAGUUAGAGGCGGUCGUGGAAAGUGACCAAAUAUGUUUAUUUUAUUUUACUUGUUUUAUUGGAAUCAUCAACGCUAUGAUCACCGUCGUCGUCGUCAUAACCAUCACCACCUUUGUGCUGAGCGUCACAACACCGAAACCCCCACGGUACAACUCGCCCCCCAUGCUCGCCAAUCUAAUCCGUUCAAUCACAAAACGAUCGCAGCUGUUCGUGGACAAAUUGCAUAAUUUAUAUCAUUGGAAGGCGAGUGGCACUCUGUCAGUCCACUGCUGGAUGAGGGCCCGGCUCCCAAGUCAGUAUCGAUCGUGGCCGUAACAACCCCUGACAUCGAUUAUUGAUAACGCAUCGGACUCACUCUGUGUAACAAUUCUGUGAAUUUCGAUCGCUCAUGCAGUAUACUGUAUAUAUAUAAAAUGUUGCAAUGCAUUGGUAUUGAGGUUGUUACCAACCUUGGUCGCUUCCAGAACCGCUCCCUUCACUACAAUGUUAAAAUAAAAUAUAUGUACUUGUUUGGGAAAGUAAAGAUGAUCCAAAAAAAAAAAAAUCCGUGUGUCAAUAAAGUUAUACAAAUGUAAUGACACCCACACACUCGCGCGCAGCCACCGGAUUAUACGGCGCAGUACAGAAAAAAGUGUGCGUCUUAUAAUCCGGAUCAUCCGGUUUUAAUCGAUUAUUUAAUCGAUUAUGCCCCCCGUUGUGUAAGAUAUUUAGUUUUGUGGUUGUAUGUAUAUACAGAACACACGUAUGCUGUAUAUAUAUAUACACACACACAAAGACAAAGAUCCCCCGCGUAGCCUACGUAAGACUGUUGGGGCAAGUGCUGUUAGCGAGCGCCUAUUGACGUUGGAAUGGCUCACAAAGGGGGGGGUGGGUGAUGUGUCCAACCCCCACGCACGGCUGCCUUUGUCUCCCCACCUCAUUUCAUGACGUGAACUACACCGCAAUAACAUGACCCAAUUUUAAGAUGUGAGUGCGCUAACCACUGCGCCACCACUCCCUUACGCAUCGUUUUCUACGGAUAAUGAGACGCUCCGCAAAGUUAGACGAAAGUAAAGUGCGAAAGGUGUGCCCCGUUGUCAAUACGGUUCUACAAAUCUGAUCUCACACACACAGACAUGGUAGGGUGCAAAAGAAGUCCAACAUACAUAUACAAAGACAAAGACCCCCCUCGUAUAGCCUGAACAGACUGUUGGGGCAAGUGCUGUUAGCGAGCACCUAUGAAGGCCGGCAAGGCACGCGAGAGGGUGGGUGGCUAGCACCACGCCCGGCCGCCUUUGUCUCCCUAGUGACGAUGUUUUACACACCGCAGCAGGUACUCAUGCGAGGCUGAGUCGACCUAGGGGAGGCCCAUGAACGGUUCGGAUAAUCCGUCAGUGGCGUUGCCCGUGAGUGGAACUCGAGUCGGCGUGGUUUGUAGCACAGCGUGCUAACCGCUGCGCCACCGCUCCCCCCCCCCCCCCAAACACACACACACACUCGAUUAUAAGACGCACCGACAACUUUUUGCUUUUAAAUAUACAGAGGGGGGGGUGGGUGCGUCUUAUAAUCAGGUCACUCCGCUCCGUGUGUACAUAGCGACACGUGUUAAGUUAUGUGUACGUGAUGUACAUACCCGUGCAUGCGAAGGGGAUGGACAAUAUUUAAACUCUGGGAAAGAAAAAAAAAGAUAAAAGAUGCAUCUUUUUUUGUUUUUUUACAUAUUUACCUCAGAAACAUGAUGGGAGAGAGCAAACCGUUGUUGGGAGGAUUGUAUUUUUCCAAAGCAUCUUGUUUUUAGUCAUCAUUUAUUUCUCGUUUUUUUCUCUCUCUCUUUUUAGCUUUUUAUUUGUGUGUGUGUGUUUUUUUAAUUAAUGUUAUUAAUAUAAUUGUAUUAACAUAAACUAGGGUGGUGGAGGGAAGAAAGACACAAAAAAAGACGAGGAUUUUUUGUCGCUUGCUCUGAUAAAUUUAUUGGACUCUUUGUUUGGGAAAUGACGCGUAUGCUGUUUGUAAAUCUACUGCGAGGUUGUACAUAUUCUGAGUAAAUUGUUAUAACGGUGCCCGAAUCUAUAAAUAAAUAUACACAUUCUGAUGUCA